AUGAUUACCACAAGGAUGCGUUUGGUGUACUGUUACUGCUGUCUGGGAACUUUGUUGGCCAUUUUCUUCUUUUGUAACCAAGUGACAGCAGAUUUGGAUUCCUGCAGAGGGGCCUUGGAUAUUAUUUUUGUUUUGGACAGGUCGGGCUCUGUUGGAAAUGAAUUUUCAACCAGUGCAGUUGAAUUUGUCAAGAACAUUUUUCAUCGCUUUGUCAGCCCUCUUCUUGGAGUAUCAUUCAUCACUUUUUCAAACUACGCAACUGUGCAUCUUGAUCUAACAUCAGACAGGACUGCUGUGGAAAAGGCAUUGACUGACCUGAGCAAACUUAAAGGAAACGGAGGAACUGCAAUGUACACUGGCUUGGAAAAAGCUGUUGCACAGAUUAAACAGAAGCGUGACCCAACUACCAGUAUUAUUCUGGUUUUGACAGAUGGGGAAGAUUCACAAAUUUCUGCAUCAGCUACUCAGGCCGACAAAGCCAGGGAGCUUGGUGCUAUUGUUUAUGCUGUUGGAGUGGCUAAGUUUAGCCGUCAGCAGUUGGAGAAAGUGGCUGACAAACCUGCUAGUGAACAUGUAUUUGAAGCACAGCAGUUUGAUGAGCUGGCCAGACUUAUUGAUAUUAUAAUCAACAAAACAUGCAUUGAGAUAUUAGCAGCAGAGCCCACAGAGUGGUGUGCUGGAGAAAAUCGUUCAGUCAUUGUUUAUGGAAGAGGAUUUACUAAUGGACGUGCAAUUACUGACAUUCUGUGCAACUUCCAAGUCAAUGCUACACUGAGCUACAGUAAAUUUGGUUGUAAUGGAGUUGCACAUUUUUUAGCAUAUUUGUAUUUUGUAAUUGAUUCAGUUACUAGGCCUCAGUAUCCAAUUCAAGAUAAUUGUUUGGUGUGCAAUUCACCCAUUAUUACUAACGAAGAAAGAGGGAUAAUUCUGCAAGUUUCUGUCAACAAUGGACUUUCUUUCGUGUCCAGUAAUGUUACAAUUGAUGUUCUCUUCUGUGAAACAACUCAUCAUUCUAAAUUUGGAAUUAUAUGGAUUCUUGCCAUAAUUGGUGCAAUUCUACUUUUUCUCUUGCUCUUGUUUCUGCUGUGGUGGUUUUGGCCACUCUGUGUAAACAAAUAUUGUUGUAUAUUUGACAAAAGGCUCUUGGUUAAUACUAGGUACUUGUGGAUACAGGUUGGAGGAGUUGAGAUUCUUGAACCAGAAGAAGAGGAAGAUGAGCAAGAGCCUCAUCGUGUUGUUACUGCAUCUUAUUAUGGUGGAAGAGGACCAGGUGGUAUCAGUGGAAUGCGUGUCGAUUGGGGCUAUAAAGGCUCAACCAAAGAAGGGUCAAAGUUGAUACCAGCCAAGGAUGCCAUAAUAACUGAGCCACUUCUAGAUUCGCCUGCUAAAGAGUCAGGUUGCUGUGUUGGAGUGAAGGGAGCUUUCGCUGGCUGCUGGGCUGCAGUUGUGGCCAAAUACUUAUAUCUAGCUUCAUUCAGACCUGUCAGAAAACGCUCACAUGUCUCUUCUAGAUCAAAACUGAAGUCUUCUGAGUCUGGGAAAGCAUCAAAAGCUCCAAAGAAUUAGGAAUACAAUUGUUAAAAUAGAACUAGUACACUUGGUACGUACGUGCAAGCAGAUACUUCAUGUACAUUGCAGACACAGCCAGACUGCAGAUGUACAGAAUCUAUAUGGUGAAUAUGCCUAGUGUAUGCUAGAGUCGUUUGUCUAAUAGAAGAUUAAAUGCAACGUAAACAUAUCACUUAAUUGGCGUAUUUAAUUAAUUAUUUAAUUAAUUAAUUAAUGAAAGUACCGG